CCAGGAAGGUCGCGCCUUCUAGAAAAAAAGAUGGGCGCAUCAUGGCGUAUCACAACGCAUCCAUAGAGUCUGAUGAUGGCUCUGGGGCCAGCAGCAAUUUUCGAUCGAGAUUGUCAAGAGGCUGUUUAUGUUCCGUUCUCGAGAUACCGAGCAUGGGAGCUCUUGAGAGUCUUGGAAAGCACGCGGCGCAAGGGUUGUUGAAGUUGAACGAUGAAGAAGCCUCGUGAUAAAUAAACCCGUAGACAGAAGAAAAGAGACGAGGGCACACAACCAUAUACGAAACACCAGUGAAGAAGCGAUGCACCGCCGAUGUCAAUAUUGCUCGAACGGUAUCAUGUCGCAGCGGCUUGUUCCUGGCAAUACUCACGGCAUUUUUGGGA